UAUAUUCACAAAGUCGCUUGCUCUUGAAGAAUAAUUAACACAAUGAAAUUCUUAAUUGUUUUUGUUGCUCUCUUUGCCGUUGCCUUGGCAGCACCAGCACCUGACCACGAUGAACAUGCCGAAAUUGUUAAGUUGGAUUCCAGUGUAGACCAUGAUGGCUAUCACUUUGUAGCUGAAACCAGUGAUGGCACCUCCUUCCACGAAGAGGGCAAACUCAAGGAAUUCCCCGGUGAUGAACAUGAUCAUGAACCCCAUCAUGCCAUCAUUGUCCAUGGUUCCUACUCCUGGAAGGAUCAUCAUGAUGGCAAGGUCUACACCGUUGACUAUGUUGCUGAUGAGAAAGGUUUCCAACCCAAGGGUGAACACAUUAAAUUGAAUUAAACUACGAAACUAUACGAUAAAUAAAUGAAGCAGAACGCAUACAAAAUGCAA